UCCACUUGUUUGCUUUUAGCUACUGGUAGCUUGUCCAGGUUUUCUGUCUUCUCACCGACUUGAUCAAAAAAAAAAAUCACAGCCUGGUAGCUUGUGUGUCAUUUGUUUCAAGGAAACUUUAUAAUACGACCCAAUCGAAUCGGAGUUGGAUAAAUAAUCAAGAUGAAUACCCAAGGUGUACAGGCGACACCCCGAAAGAGGAAAGCCGUGGAUCCUCCCACUCCCAGUAGUGGUAGCAAGAGCAAGAGACGAGCUCCAUCAACUCCUAACCCUCCCUUGGCACCUUUCCCAACACCCCCUGCUACCCGACAUCGAAAAUUCGAACUUGAACCAUCUUCCUUAUCCCUCGCAUUCUCAGAGGAAUCCUUCCUAGAUGUACCUGCCGGUCGGGGGGUUGAUCUUCCUACCCAUCUACAGACACUUCUAACUUUACAUCGAUCAUUCAACUUGGCCCUUUCCCUACACAUGGCUACUCAUCCACCCGUUUUACCUCCUCAUUCUCCUUCAACCACUCGGAUACCUUUACCAAACCUGACGAACUUCCUUAACAUCCGUGAAACGGUAGAACGGACUUCUAAUCGACGUUUCGGUAUACCGGAAUUACAAAGAUUAGCUUGGGUAUGGACUUGGGAUGGAACUCCUCUUGCGGAGAAGAAAGUGGAAGAAAACCCUUUUCUCGUUUCUGGUUCAGAAGAAAUACCUAUGAGAGUUUCAGGAAUGGGUUUUUUGAUAACUCCCACUCGAACGUUGGAUACGAAUGGAAGGAGAGUAUACACACAUGGGAUCGGUAUUGAAUUAGAGUUGAAAGUUGGUGAAACGAGACAGGUGUUACAUGGUGGUAAUGAAGGAGGUUUGGGGAAUAAAGGUCAAGGAGGUGGGAUGGGUGCUUUGGGAAGAUGGAGUGGGAAUGGGGAGAUUAGAGAAGAAGAGUUUUUGAAAAAGUUGGAAAAGUGGAUCGAGAUACAUGGAGGGGUUGAGCACCAAGAGAAAAAUCAGCUACCCACUCCUUCAACGACCACCAACCAACGUUCGACAAUACCUCCCAUUCCUCUUUUACCACUUCCUCACCUUCCUUCAUCAGCAUUACUCCCAUCUGCUAACUUAUUCACCAUCUCUUCAUCCUCCCCUUCAUCCGGUCCUUCGACUCCUCGGAAACCCCCAACGGUCGGACCAUCCGGACUUGCAGAUCCGUUCGUUUUGCAACCACGAUCCACGCCUUUAUCCUCAACCCUUGAUCACCUCACCGAAGAUCCCGAAUCGUCAAAUGCCACCUCCAAAACCAAAUCAACCAAUUCUAACUCUGUAGAAGCUCGUCGACAAGCAAUGGCAGAACGUAUAAAAGCACGUUCUCGUUCUUCUCAAUCAUCCCUCCCUCCUCUAGGUCAAUCCCCCGGAUAUUCUCUUAAACCUAUUUCAAACGUUUCUUCAACACAAGAAGAACUUCGUCGUCGAUCUACAUUGAGUCGACUGGAAUCUAUCGCUGAAGGUGUUUGGAUGUUAUUUUCACCUUCUCAUUCUCAAUCUACCAAUAAUUCAGGUCUUUCACCAUCCCGAAAACGAAGAGCCAUCUUGUUAACUGAAGCUGCUGAAAUCGUUGUAAAAUCUUCAAAAACGCCAAUAUCAUUAGCAGAGGCACAAUCAUCUCUGACGAUGUUAUGCGAAUUAUGUCCUUUUUUCUUAACUACCAAAGUUAUCGGAAGACAGGAUUGGUUAGAGAUGCCUUCAUCGACUUUAUGUCCUCCUAGUCCCAGUAAUAAUUUAGAUAGGGUGGUUUUAAAUCCUCCGGUCACUCCUCCUGGAAGUCCGAGUAGAUCAGGGGGGAAGAAAGCCGAGCUGGCUGGACCGGCCAGUCUCGGAAGGGUGAGAAGGCAAGGCGGUUUGAGAGAAGUCAGAGAGAGGAUAAGGAGAGAAUUGGGCGAAUGAGGGUCAUUUCAGCAAAUCUUAUAUCUUGUCAAUUAAGGAACAAAGUACGAAUAGUCAGUCAUCUAGCCACGGAAUUAUCUUGAUGCAUCUUGUUAGUGCUUG